CGGUGUGUAGAGUCAAGCUGGAGCAACCAGAGAGUCGGGGAUAUUUGUAUUCCAAGUGUCAUUUUUAUCCAGCUGGCCUCUUCCUGAUUCACUUCUACCUCCCCAGGUUUUCACAGCCAGCUGCACUCGCACUCCGUUAACUGUUCAAACUCCGACAUCAUGAUGCAAGUAACAUCAGACGCCGUGCUUCAGAAGCACUCGCUACUAAACGUGAUGAACCGCUUCCUCGCGGCGGCCAACAACAUGGACGAGACCAUCAUGGUGCCUAGUUUACUGCGGGACGUACCACUGGAGGAGCUGGACGGAGACACCUCGAUGCACAGCAACAGUGAGCUGUCCUUCUCGAGCAAACAGAGGGACAUGUAUGAGCACUAUCUGUUGCUGAAGUCCAUUAAGAAUGAGAUGGAGUGGGGUUUGCUGAAACGCGACAUGGGAGGCGGCGCCAGCUUCCUGGAGAUGGCGGUGAAGCAGGAGGAGCAGCAGGUCCCAGGCGGACAAGCAGAAGAUGACACCGACUUGGAAAGCCAGUUCCAUUUCCACCUCCGUGGACUCUUCGGGGUCUUAUCCAAGCUCACAGACCAAGCAGAUCACCUCACGAACCGCUACAAGAGGGAAAUCGGUGGCGGGAGUCUGUUACGAUAGGGCCGAUGACCUGUAAGCUGAACAUGGACUACUUACACUUGGCUGAGGGAUAAAGCUCCAGCAGUGGACUCGCACAUCUAGUCUUACCCAUCAACUCUUGCUUAACCUUCUGCUUCUAAGCAAGACCUAAAAUUUAUUUCUGCACAACUAGUCAUAAGUACUGCUUUUGAUGGUGGGGGGUGAACAUAAAAGCUGUGUAAUUAAAAGGGGGGGGGGGGGAGGAGUUUAAGUUAAAGACUCUUGUUGCUGUUAGUUCCAUGAAGUGUCUUCAUUUAAGUCGGUGUAUGCCAGGGCUCCCUUUAUACAAUACCAUGUGGCUUUAAAAGUCUACUAUAGCUUUGUUACAAAGUCUUUCUUCAGAGUUUGGGUUAUGUUGGGCAGAACCUGAAUGCUGGUUAUUCUGUUUCUUUCUUCCCAUGAACCUAAAUUCUGCAGAAUGUGGUCCUGUAAUAUCCCCAGGCUGAGUUUUUAACAAAGGUUCAUUUUAGCUUGCUGCUCUUAUACACUCCAACCAGAGAUGUCCCAUGGAGAUGAACGUUGUGUUGUCUGUUUGACCUGUCCGAGUACUACUGUUGCCACGUUUUUGUUUGCCCUAAAUAUUUACUUUUUUAUAUGAAAUGUAAUGAAAUAGUAUAACAAAUAAAGCAGAAUUUUUACAUUG